GGCCCCGCCCGUGAGGCGCGCCGGCGCGGUGUGAGCUCACCGACUCGGGCCAUGGCGCUGGCAGGUGCACCCGAAGUGAUCCGGGCGGCGCAGAAGGACGAUUACUACCUGGGAGGUCUGCGAAGCGCGGCGGGGGGCGCGCUGCACAGCCUAGCGGGUGCAAAGAAAUGGUUGGAAUGGAGGAAAGAGAUUGAGCUACUCUCGGACAUAGCCUACUUUGGCCUCACCACAAUUGCAGGCUACCAGACGCUUGGAGAGGAGUAUGUUGGGAUCAUUCAGGUGGACCCCUCCCAGCAGCGUGUGCCCUCCAGGCUCCGCCGUGGAGUGCUGGUCACACUGCACACUGUCUUGCCCUACCUGCUGGACAAGGCGCUGCUGCCCCUGGAGCAGGAGCUGCAAGCCGAUGGUGAUAGUACGCGUCUGCCGUCUGUAGGACGCAGCCGAUCAGGGGCAAGGCGCUGGGUGCGUCACCAUGCAGCCACCCUGACUGAACAGCAGAGGAGGACACUCCAGCGGGCAGUCUUUAUCCUCAGACAGGGCCUUGCCUGCCUCCACCGGUUCCAUGUUGCUUGGUUUUACAUCCAUGGUGCCUUCUACCACCUGGCCAAGAGGCUAGCAGGGAUCCGUUAUCUCCGUGCUCGCCGCCUGGCUGGAGAGGACCUGAGGGCUCGCACAAGCUACCGACUGCUGGGACUCAUCUCCCUGUUGCAUCUGGCACUGUCCAUGGGGCUGCAGUUGUACAGCUUCAGGCAGAAGCAGCGAGCCAGGAAGGAGUGGAGGCUGCACCGCAACCUGUCCCACCGCAGGAGUUCCCUGGAAGACAAGGCUGUUUGCAGAACCCCACUAUGCACCCUAUGCUUGGAAGAGCGAAGACACUCCACAGCGACACCUUGUGGCCAUCUCUUCUGCUGGGAGUGCAUUACUGAAUGGUGCAACACUAAGACAGAGUGUCCCUUGUGCAGGGAAAAGUUCCCACCGCAGAAGCUGGUCUACCUGAGGCACUACCGCUGACCAGGACCAGAUCGUCACCAAACAGCUCUGAGAAGUGGAUGGAAGUUGACAGAGUUUAUCCUCAGAACUGUGGCUGCACAGAAACAUAAAGUCCUCAUGCACUGUUCUCUGUCAUUUAAGCUACAUAGUUACCUGGGAAGAGAAAGGGUUGGGGACAAACAGGCAAUACUCCAUAGGGGGUAGGAGAGUUUGUUGCCCCUUAUUAUUGGCUUCUUCUGACCCUCUGGAGUAGUGGGUUCCCCUCCCUCCCUAGGUCACACAGCUGAGAGCUGCUUCGGAAGUUCAGGGUAUUUUAUUCAGGUCUGUGUGAGAGGCAGGGCUGAGGGUGAGGCUGGGGGUGAAGCCCUGCACUGUGGGCUCCACACCCACCGAGGUCAGCACCCACCUAACACUCCUGCCCCAUGCUUAUUAAUACUAUUGCCAACUCCUUAGGAAAACAGAGGUCUUCCUCGUGGCCUUCUGGGUAGGAAUGGGGGCUCCCUGGGUUGCAGAUUUUUUUUUUUAAUUAUAUGAAGGUGCACACAUGCCGUGGUACAUGUAUGGAGAUCAGAGAACAACUUGCAGGAGCUGAUUUUUUUUUUUUUAAUCAUGUAUUUCGGGAGUUAACUCAGGUUGGGCUGUACAGUAGCAUCUUGUUGAAACCUUGCCGACCUGACAGUUGGCUUAGUGAGUUUUCUCCUAUAAACCAAUUUCCAUGUGUCCUCAGAUACCAGUUCUCUGAGGAAGUUAGGUGAACAGCUGUGACUUGCUUUCCCAGUGUCACCUGUGUCCAGCUCCCUCCUGACUUUUCCCUAGCUUGAUUCCUGCCUCCAUUUGACAUUUCCAAGCUUUUAAUGUGAGUUCAUGUCAGACAGCCUGGCACAUCUUUGAGAAACUAAUUUCACAGAAAAGCCACACUAAGAACACAAGAUCUAGCCGGGCACGGUGGUGCACACCUUUAAUCCCAGCAUUCAGGAGUCAGAGGCAGGUGGAUCUCAGUGAGUUCAAGGCCAACCUGGUCUACAGAACUAGUUCCAAGACAGCCAAGGCUACACAGAGAAACCCUGUCCCAAAAGAACAAAAACCAAAACCCAGAAGAUCUAGAAAGACCUCAUAAAACAGUGUGAAGAUGUCCGGAUAGAAGCCCAGUCCCCAGCAGUGGUCUUUGAUGUCACAAGGUUCCUUGUGAAGGUCCCCUUACCAAGAGCAGGAGCCAUCCUGCUAGGUGGAGCAGGGGACCCAGACAUACACAGGGUAACUAUUUAUUUAUUUUAUUUUAUUUUUGGUUUUUCGAGACAGGGUUUCUCUGUAGCUUUGGUGCCUGUCCCAGAACUAGCUUUUUUAGAGCAGGAUGGCCUCGAACUCCCAGAGAUCCGCCUGCCUCUGCCUCCCGAGUGCUGGGAUUAAAGGCGUGUGCUACCACCACCCGGCCAGGGUAACUUUAGGGACCCUACGGGAAGACGGAGUCCCCAUGGGAACCUGGAACACAGCUCUACAGACCUGCAGCACCCUGUCUGUAACUCACUCCUCUGGCUGGGUACACCCAACUUUCCAUCACACCUGAGCUUAGUCAGUGAUGAGGAAAACAACACAGAAAAUAUAAACAAAAAAUGUUCAGAUUUGAACCCCAAGUGCUCACAUAGUUAGAAAGAAAGAAAGAAAGAAAGAAAGAAAGAAAGAAAGAAAGAAAGAAAGAAAAGAAAGAAAAGGAAGGCGCAGACCAUUAGAAAGUGAUGGGUUGAGAGCACAAAGUGUGGCUCUAGAAGGAACAAAAGGAACCCAGGUGACGGACUGGGUAGGGUUCUGAACAGGUCACAGCCCCAGUCCCUCCGAUCCCUAUGGUGUUUCCUCCGCCCUGGUGGGACCUGGCAUCAUGGUUCCCCUCCUCCAGCUGUGAAGAGCAAGCUGUACUUCAGUGAAUGACUAGUGGUGUAGACGAAGACUAUACAAGCAAGGGACGCUUUCUUUAAUAAAGUUGGAAUUUAA